AUGAAGCCGAUUCUGGAGAUCCUCGCCUCCCCUGGCGCCAAGGGAGCGAUUGAGGGGGCCGCGCCGACGCAAUACGUCGAAGUCGUCUCGAAGGACUCGAGUGAAAAGGACGACCGAACGAUGGCAGUGGACGCCGUGAACUCGAACGUCACAGGCUAUGUUGCCAAGGUACACGAAAGAGCCCUGGACCGCGGCCUUGACUGGCUCGUCCGGGCAUCCGGCUCCGAGCCGGUCUUUCUGUUCAUCGUCCUCGGUCUGCUGGCGUGGGCCUUCUUGGGCAUUCCGUACGGGCACACAACCGACUGGGCGGUCCUGAUCUCGGACGUUCAGGCCAUCAUCAGCUACCUUUUCGAUUCGCUCCUGAUGCGGCAGCAACUCAACUCGUACGAGUCUUCUCUGCGUGUUUCUGCCAGUCUGAGAUCUCGCAACAUUAGCAACCGCAGAAUGCUGCGAGAGAUUCAAGACGGUGGAAGAUACCGAUACGUCCCGCCGUCGGAUCGCAAGGAGGCCAGCGAGACUCAAUUCGCGGCCAUGCUCCCCGCCGAGAGUUGGGUUGGCCGGAUAAGCACCGUUGCUGCAUACGGCAUGGGACACAUCGUGACGGUCGGCCUGUACUGGGCCUGCAUCAUGAUCUGGAUCGGCUUCGGACAAUCGCAAGACUGGAGCGACACAUGGCAGCUCUACAUCAACUCGGCAACAUCGGCGCUCAUGGUCCUCAUCUUUGCAUUCCUGGCCAACAUUCGCGAACGUCACAACGCAUACAUUACGCAAUGUCUGCAGUGUAUCUUCGAGGUCGACUCGGCCAUCGAGUUCAAGCUGCGGGCCAUGACCGGUGACAGCUCCCCGAACGAGGUGGUCGUGGUCCCCGCGCCAAAGAUGAGCAGGAUCCAGCGCGCAAUUUUCUACUACGCAGAUCUCGUCGGCACCCUCACGGGCAUUGCGAUCCUCAUCAUCGUCAUGGCAGUGUGGAUCGCCAUCGGCCCGGCCAUGCACUUCAACGCCAAUUGGUGGCUGCUGAUCGGCACGUACGCAGGUCUGGUUGGCCUCAACGACGGUUUCGUCCUGCGCAACGUUCAGAAGAAGUUUGACGACUAUGAAGUCUCUGCUUUUCACGAGGUCGAUCUCGCCGACAAGGCCAUCUUCGAGGACAUUGGCCAGCCCGAUCCGGCAGUAGACUACGUCCCGAAGGAGACGCUGACCUAUCGACUCUCCAUGCGCAUGGGCAAGGUAUGCGCGCACGAGGUCACAGUCAUCAUGGGGGUCGUUCUCAUCGUCGGACUUCUGGCCGGUGCGAGUGCCAUGAAGUGGACGACGACGGGUCAGUUGCUUUGCAACAUCCCGCCCAGCAUCAUCGAGUCCUUCUUCAUGAUGAUCCUCAUCACUGGUCACAACCUCUCCGAACGCAAGAGGCGGGAAGACUACAAGAACCUCUACCAGAGGCGCCUGGAUCUUCAUGCCUACGUCAACUGCCUCAAGGCGUGA